AUGUCCGAUUCCGAAGCAUCCCCGACGCCCGCGAUUGCGGUUGCGGCUGCGGCAGCGGAGGCGGCGACGGCCGAGAGCUCCCCGUCUCCGGCGAGGAGUGAGGAGCUGCUGCCGGUGGCGGAGAAGAUCUCGGAAUUAAAUGAAUCACAGUCAGAGCUUUUGGGAAGACUUCGAGGUCUUAAGGAGGAUUUGCAGAGCUGGAGAAGCAAUUUAGACACCCAAGUGCAGAAAUACAAAACUGAAAUCUCCGAUAUCAAAACUGCACUUAAUAGUGAGAUAGACCAGCUGAAAUCAGAUUUCCAAGAACUGAGGACCACCCUUAAGAAGCAACAGGAAGAUGUGACUAUUAGCUUGAAGAAUUUGGGGCUAGAAGAUUCUACCGAAACUGAUGGGAACAAAGGAAGUGGGGAGGAAAAUACAAGUGAGGGUGCAUUAGCAAACAUGGGGGACCUGAAACUAGAAGAUUCUGCCGAAACUGAUGGGAACAAAGGAAGUGAGGACGAAAAUACAAGUGAGGGUGCAUUAGCAAACAUGGGGGACCUGAAAUUGGAGGAUAAUCCAGAAAAUAAUGAUGAAAGCAGUGGGGUUGAGGAGGAAAAGAAUCAGGAGGCCCCUGAAGAAGAUGGCAUGGCGGGCAUAGAAGGUACCAAGACGGAAGAUGACACGGCGGGCAAAGAAGAUACCAAGAUGGAAGAUGACACGGCGGGCAUAGAAGGUACCAAGACGGAAGAUGUCAUGGCGGGCAUAGAAGGUACCAAGACGGAAGAUGUCAUGGCGGGCAUAGAAGGUACCAAGACGGAAGAUGUCAUGGCGGGCAUAGAAGGUACCAAGACGGAAGAUGACAUGGCGGACAUAGAAGGUACCAAGACGGAGAAUCCAAGCGACGAAUAA